GCAUCUUUCCAUAACAGCUCCUAGCGACGUGAUCUGGCGUUAAUUAGUCAACAUUUACAAACCUGUACGGUCAGAAGUGUGAGACAGGAGAGGAAAGACAGCGCCCCUCAAAAGGAGAAGAGAAGGAAGAGACUUUCAAAAAAGUGUGAUGUGUGACAGGCAGCUGAGACUGAUGCAGGCGGCUCACCAGAGGGAGGGUGACGGUGAUGCUGUGGGCCGCAGCACUGACACCUCCAGGUGGUCCUCUCCCUCCAGCCUGCACUGUGGUUCGCGCCACUCCUCUGACUCUGAGGACCGAGCUGACCCGCUUAUAGACAAGAGCCCAGGGGCCUACUCAUCGGACCAGUCAAGGCAACCGAAGCUGAGACAAAAAGGUAAAGGGGCACAAGGGCCACGCAGGCAGAGGACAAACACCGCCAGUAUCCAGCUCCCGAAGCUGCCACCAAUCAAGCCCCAGCAGGUUUUGAGGCCAAGAGUUCAGUCUGCCUACAUGCACUGCAUCAGGGAGCAUGAAAGUCAGGUUAGUGACCUGCAGCAUCAGCUGAACCAGGCCAGCACUGAGAACAAGCUGCUGAGGAGGCUCCAGCAUCGCCACACGGUGGCACUGCAGUACUUCCAAAACUCAGAAGACAGCGUCUCUCAGAUCUUCGCCAGGCACUACAACGAGGCCCGAGUCCUGCAGGGUUUGCUCCGUGACACCCGUUCCUGCCGUGACAAUCUGGCUAGGCAGCUCCAAACCACGGAGAGCACGUUGCUUAGUACAAAAGCCAGUCUCAAGCACCUCCAGCUGCUCAGCCAGGACCGCAGGCUGCUGGAGAGGGAGGAACUCACCCUCAGGCUGAACGAGGCCAAUGCAGAGCUCGAGGAGAAGGACAAGAGGAUAGUGGACUUGGAGAGGAAUCUUGAGUUGAGCCAAGCCUCAUUCAAUCGCCAACUAGUGACUGAACAAAGAAAGACGAGCGAGGCGAGAAAGCUGUCAUUCUUUCUACAAGGGAAAGUAUAUCAGCUAAACAGGGAGGUUGAGGAGAAGAAGAAAGAAAUUGAAACACACAAUAUUUACUCCCUCAGGUUUGCCAAAAAAGGCAGAGAAAGCAAGCUGGUUCAAACAGAUGGGUUAAUCCUUCCCCCCACCGAGACUGCAAGACUUUUUGGGUUGGAAAAUACUGAGAGUCAAGAAAGGCUGGAGGAGCAAGAGAGCUCUGUGGAGUGUUUUUACUUUCCAGUAAAGGAGUAUACGGAAACAGAAAUUCCAGAAACAGAAGCUUUGGAUAAUCACCAAGAUGACACGGAGAUAUGUGCAGACACCAGUGGGCAGAACAGCUGUUCAGAAGAAAGCCUAAAAUCUCAAAAUGAGGGAGACUGCACCAAGGAAGAGGAGGCACCAGAGGUCCCACAGGAGUUAGAGGAAGAGCAGGAGACAGAGGAAAGCGAGAUGCCCUAUAUUUCCAAAAAGUCUGUGAAUGCAACUGAACCUAAGAGAAAAGCAUACAGGUUCCCCAGAAUCAGACGCAAUUACACCUUCAAACAAACCAUUGAGAACCUACACAAUGGAAUACCUGCCAACAGCUGUGUGGACAUUAAUCGCUGUGAAAGCACCAAAACUGAUGAGGGUGGAGACUAUCAGCAGUGGGUGUCAUGAACUUCAUCUUCCAGCUUGGACAUCCAGGAGAGGUGGAGAAGGCCGCUCUCAGUGGGAUUGAAGGCAGAAGGAGCAGACAGGUGACUAGUCCUUUAGUUCAGGUAAAGUCACUGAUGUGGUGACUGGACAGCUGCCUUAUUCGGUGAAAAAUUUAUUUUUAAGGGGUUUUUGACCGUCCUGUUACUAAGGUGUUUCUAUAAAUAAAUUAUCUUUAUAACCCAAGA